UCAGAAACUCAGACACUAGAACAAUAGGGACAGACUAAAAGCAGAGAGUCUCGCCCAACUAUGAAAGUGUCUCCUGGCUGUGCCUAGGGGAUCCAUCAGGUGCAGCCUCCAAAGUAGUAGUAGAAUUCUGGCUAGGCAUUGGGUCCCGCCACUGACUGGAGGCGGACUCUGGAAAGACCCUCUAAUGCUGCCGCUGCUCCACUGAUAAUGGACACUCCAAUGCAGGGGAAGUGCCUUCCACCAUCUUCUGCUUGCUAGACCACGAGCUCUAUGAUCACUGCAGAUCCUGAGCAGAAGGCCCCACAAUGUGGACAUCCAGUCAAAUUGCUCCAGAGGAGGAACUUGGUCUGUGAUGAUGUUGCAUCCUGUCAGCUGAUUUGCCUCUCCGCCGGACUUCUGCUGCACACCAAGGAUUGGAUGACAAAACACCACAACCACAUGGUUUACAAAAUGUACGAACACAACAUUUUCAAGAUAAUCCUGAUCUUCUUCAUGGUCGCUGUGUACAUUGUUAUGGUGGCCUUUAAUGCUGGAGCCGGCUCUGGAUUAAUGAUGGGUAUAUUCUUAAACAGGGUAGGAAAUAUCUCUGACAAUUUCGGAACUGAUUUCACACCAUCUGGAUGGACCUUUAUGAUCUGGAAUGUGAUCUUUGCUUGGCAGUUCCUUUGGCUUGGUUAUGUCCUUUCGGGAAUUUGCAGACGAAGUGAACUUGGUUGGAUGUACUUGAAACCAGAUGUUUUUCCAAUCUUAUUCUACAUUGUAUGGAUCUUGAACAAUAUUCUUAAUAUCGGAUGGCUCUUCUUGUGGGAUCGGGGAUUUUUGAUUCCCGCCUUGGUAUUUCUGGGUCUCAUUGCUUUGACAAACCACAUAGUACUCUUCAUUUCCUACCGAGCGCUAUACCUUCAUGGAGAAUGGUUUUACAGACAAAGACGAGUGGACCUGUGGCUUAUUCGAGUUUUUGCUCAUAACGGAAUAGCUGUCUAUGCAACUUGGACCACGAUUGCAUGUCUACUAAACUUUGCAGUGGCUUUGACGUACAGAGACAACAUUCUCAAUAGCACCUCCACCACAGUGUGCCUGUCCAUACUGGCUUUCGAAGUGAUUUUAUGGUUCUGUUUGGAAAACUUUUUAUUUGACAAGUAUGUCCGAUAUACGCUGACUGUGUACCCUGUGGUUAUUGUGGCCUUAUCUGGAGCGUUGGACAAAAAUUUUGACGAAAAUAACCCUGACAGAAAUGAUAUUUAUAUAGCGGUGUUGCUGGCAGUGGCUUGUGCUUUAUUCGUUCUACGUCUUGCUUUAGUCAUAUGGAGACACUUCAAGCAGCCACUUUAUACAAGAGCAUCAAAUAAGACAUCAUUUCCUUUGGCAUAAGAAGAAUGUAAUGAACCAAGCAACAACCAUGGUGCCAAAAAUAAUAUAUCAGUUACAAUAUUUGCACUUUGGUCAAUGCUCCUUUUUCAUGCACUACUGCUAUGAGGCAAUGUAAAGGGAAUACAAAUAAGCAACAACAAAAAAGAGAAAACUACCUAAUCAUCUACCUUGGGGGGUCAGGUUUUCAAUUUCAAAUCCCUGGAACAUUUCUCUCUGCAUCACAGCGCCUACCAUUGCAGGAAUGUAUCUAUGCUCCCUUGGUCUCGGGAUGCCAUGUUUCUCCUUGUGGAGAGCACAUGAGUUGCUGUAGGGAGUCUUCUAGGUUAUGUAAUGCUCCCUGGGAUAUGGAUAUGCAGAUUAGCUCAUUUCCAAGUGAAAUAAAGCUGUCUCAGUAGUGCCACCUACUGGAGGUUGCUAUUCUAUAAUCACGUCUGACCUUUUUGCGUGUAUUUCUUUCUCUUGGAAGUGAGCUAAUCUCCUAGACAUUGCAUGGCAUUGUACCACCCUAUUGUUGUUACAACCACCCCUAUCACCCUUUCCAAGACCUAGGGCUCUCACCUAGCCAACCAAGCAGCCUGAUUUUUUACUUACGAGGGGUAAAACACCCAAACCACCGGUCUACACAUGGGUUUCCUUUUGAUAACGUCUCAUGAUUUGGCUGAUAUACCCUUAGUUAUGUUGAAAGGCUUGUGAAAUGGCUGGACAUUUCCUGUAGGGAAGCUGCCUCCAGUAGGUGGCACCACUGAGACGGCUUUCUUUCUCUUGAAUGUAUAUUCUAUGCUUCCUUUACAGUACAUGGGUUAAUUCCAUAGACCAUUACCAACUGCUUAUGUUAUUUUUUUUUUUCCUCAGUCCUUCCGGGGACUUCCAAGACAAUGUUUGUUUUUCAGAUGAAGGUAAUUUGUAUAGGUUUUACUGCACUUAAUCUAACUAUUGUGUUAAAUAUUCAGUUUGGGAUAUGCUUUACAAAGGGAAUUUAUAGUGAUCCAAAACGAAGCCGUCCAUUACGUUUUUGCUAGGAGAAUAUCAUCUCUACAGCUACUGUGGACAUAUCUGCGAAUCAAAGUUUCAAUUUAUCAAUCCCUCCUUCCUUACUGGAAACGGUUCAUAGAAGAAGCAACAGGAAAACUCCAAUUCUUCCUUCUUGGAUCUUCUUCUUUUUUGUUUUUUUACCGAUAUUGUAAUGAGGAAAUAUUUCUGAUCUAAAAUGUCCAUAAACUGAUUUAUUUUGUUUAUGUUUAUUUUUAUCUCUUGUUACUUGUGGUGAUCAAGCAUUCUUCUUUGACCAAUUUCUCCAUUUUCUGCUAUGUGACUUCUGAAAAAAGCCAGGCAAGCUUACUCAGCUAUUUUCGGAAGUCCCAUAGUAGUGAAUGGAGUGAGUUGCGCAUGCGCAGACACCUGUGCAUUUACUGCAGGGAGAGAUGGGGUCCUGUUCUUGAAAUAGGAGUGGGUCCCAGAGGUGGGACUCAUAGCUAUCAGAUAUUUAUGGCAUAUCCUGUUGAUAUGCCUUAGAUGUCCAGAUGGGAAUAUCCCAUUUGACACUAGUUGUGAAGCUAAAAUGCACUUUCUGUGUUAUCGGAUUAGGGUAUCAGAGUUGUUACAUGAUCUCAAUAUAUAGAAUCUGUAACUUCCUAAACGCUGUGAAUUCUCAAAAGAGUCACUCUUUUCCCCUGGCUUACCCAAAAAAUGAAACGGAUACAAAGAAAUCAGGCAGAGUGCAAUUUCUGCCUCGUU